UCAUCUGACAAUAUGAGUGAUAAAGUUGUGACUUCGGCUAUCGCGCAAUUCUCGGCAAGGUUUUGCAAUGAACUUGACAAAAGUACAAGUGUGGUUUCCUCUCCAUUGUCAGCUGAAUUUGUGUUAGCUCUUCUUGCUUUGGGCACAACAGAUCCUGCCCAUGAAGAAUUGUUAACAUCCCUUGGAAUUACCAAUGAUGAUGCUGUACGUUCCUCAUUUUCAGCAGUAUCAUCAAAUUUGAGAUCGGUCAAAGGUGUGACAUUAAAUGUAGCUAAUAAAGUGUACUUAAUGGAUGGAAAUUAUGAUCUAAAUGAACAACUAAAAGAAGAUGCGGUUAAAGUGUUUGAUGUCUCCUUUGAAAAGGUUGACUUCAGUAAUGGUGCUGCUGCUGCGAAACUCAUCAAUAAAUGGGUUAAAAGCAAAACAAAUGAGAAAAUAAAAGGUCUUAUUUCAAGUAAAAGCUUGAACAGUGACAGCCGACUUGUGCUGGUUAAUGCUCUGUAUUUUAAGGGUACAUGGAAGAAACAGUUUGAUCCCGCAGAUACAUUGGACCGACCAUUCCAUGUAGACAAGAAGAAAACUGUGAUGGUGCCUAUGAUGUACUUGGAAGAUGUCUUAAUAUAUGGAGAGAGCCAAAAAUUAGGAGCACAGUUAUUGAGAAUGCAUUACGUAGGUGAGAACGCGAGCAUGUUGAUCGUAUUGCCGAACGAGAUAAACGGACUGGACGGUGUGCUGAAGAAACUUGCCGACGGCUACGACUUGAUGGCCGAAGUUGAUAAUAUGUUCAACACUAAAGUGCAAGUCACAAUACCCAAGUUCAAAAUCGAAACUGAAAUCGAUCUGUGCGAUUUACUGCCAAAGCUUGGAAUUAAAGCCAUCUUCGACAGAAACAAUUCAGGACUUACUAAAGUGUUGAAUACAGAUGAAAAGUUAUACGUAUCAAAAGCAGUGCAGAAAGCUUUCAUAGAGGUGAAUGAAGAGGGCGCUGAAGCUGCAGCUGCAACUGAAAUGAUGUGCAUGCCUUUGUCUGCUUUCUUCAUGGAGCCCCCUGUACCGCGCUUCGACGCCGACAGGCCCUUCCUAACUGUCAUACUUGUCGAUGACACUCCCUACUUUAUGGCAACGCAACGCGCACCGCGUUCAAAUCACGCUACCUUACCGAUUAGACGUGCUCCGUGGACGUCCCGAAGAUCCGCCCGAAUGCGCGCCCGUCGGAAUGACCCGCACUGGCAGUGAGCCGCGAGACAUAAAACGAGUAACGCGCGUGUGCGAAUACUGUCGGAACGCCGCUGAGGCCUAACUAGUUUUAAUGUAUAUCUGGAAUCUCCUUUUUUUUGUUUAGAAUUAUAUAUCAAUAAACAAUCGUGCUUUCAAAAUAACUGAUGACGUUUUAUUCUUACUAUAAUUUUGUUAUAUCAAUAUCUAAGCAGAUUUUUAUUAACUAUUCAUCGAAACCAGAAAGUGUACUUAUAGUAAGA